AUGAGCUUAAAUGUCUCGCUUGCAACCCCCUUCAUUAGCACCCUUCAACUUGAUACGAAGAAACAAGCUACAGCCGUAUUAAUCGCACAUGAUUUACAACUCGAGACAUAUAUACAUAUCCUAAACGAGAUCAUGAAGGAAGAAGAAUUCCUAAACUCCAUUGAAGACUUGACGGGACGAGUUGCAAUCGUAACUGGAGGCGCAAAAGGAAUUGGCCUCGAGACAAGUGUAUAUCUAGCCCUGAAGGGCGCUACAGUCUACAUCGCUGCUCGCGGGAGCAAAGGUACGUAUGCCGGUAUAGAGGAUGUGCGCAACAGAUUGAAGAGUGUAGUUGGUGAUGAGAGUCUCGGCUCAAAGAUUAAAUAUCAUAACCUGGAUCUGGGAUCGAUGCAAAAUGCCUGGAACUCAGCGCGAGAGUUCGCGCGGAUCGAGAGUCAAUUGGAUAUAUUAGUUUGCAAUGCGGGAGUGUCCAUGACAACGAUGCAGGAAUUGUCGCCGGACGGGUUUGAUACAAUGUUCGCCGUGAAUCAUCUAGGACAUUUUGCGUUUACAACUGGAUUGUUAGAUCUGAUCAAACAAACCUCCAAAACAACUCAAGACAGUCGGAUUGUCUUCACAAACUCCAACGCCUACAAACUAGCCAGUCCCCUAGACUACGAAAAACUCACAACACUCAUCCCAAACGACGGCCAAACGUUCAAGGAUGCGUCGAACGCAUUCAAACGUUACGCCGACUCCAAACUAGCCGCAUUAUACGGCGUGCUCGAACUAACCCAUCGUUUGCGACAACAAUUCGGUCUUACAAACAUCUACAUAAAUAGCUGCCACCCCGGAAAUGCAAUCGGCACAACCCUAGGAGCAGGCCAUCAAAAGGCCGUCCACCCGAUAUUGGAGAAAGUCGUUCGCGCGGGAUUACAGGUUACGAUUGGGAAUUCGACGGCGGACUCGGCGAAGACGCAGGUAUACCUCGCUGGAAGUCGAUAUAUAAAGGAUCACGAUACGUACGGGGCGUUUUGGGAGCCGAGUUUCUCUUGGAUUGCGAAAGCGUAUAAAGGGUGUGCGGGAGAGGAGUAUACGGAAUUGGCGAGGGAUGAGGUUGAAAGGAAAAAAUUGUGGGAUGUCACGGUAGAGGCGUUCAAAAAGGCGGUUGGCGAGGAUGAGAUUGGUUCUGUUGAUAUUGUGAAGGGCUUGAUUGCAUAGUACUUGGAUUUCAAUGAAAGCA